AUGGAAAAAACAGAAACUCGUCAGAUGUUUUUUUCUGUCAUACAAAAUGCUGAUUCAAAUCUAAAAAUAUCAACCCCGAACACACUAGUUCAGGAAAGAGGUGUCCUUUGGGACAAAACUCUAAAUGAUUAUAAAGAUAAGCAACUGAAAAUAGCUGCUUGGCGGGAAGUUUGCUGCCUACUCAUACCUAAUUUUGACAAUUUGGACGAAAAAGAAAGACAAUCAUGUGACAAGAAAAUACAAUAACGCUGGCGAACAGCAAGGGACACUUACCAGAAAGACAAGAUAUCUGAAAAAAAUCAGCCACCCGGCUCUGGGAGUAAGAAGAAGAAGAAAUAUUCUUACUAUGACAUUUUGACUUUCUUAGACAAUACAACGGAAACUGCUGGAGAAGAGUCACUCUGUGAAGAAAUGUCUGAACAAAGUAAUUUAGAAACACCUAAUGAGUCCACGCAACCAGAUACUUCACGUCAAGAAAGUUCUCACCCAACAUCAAAACAAAAACAAGUAAAAUCUAAAAAGCAAGCACCAUCUGAAUUUGAGGCACAGUUAUUAGAAUGCUUAAAGUCUAAUCAACUGGAGCUAGAAAGUGAGGAUUUGGCUUUCUUUCAGUCUCUGCAGCCUUCAUUAAAAAGAUUCACUAGAUAUCAAAAACUAAUGUUCAGAACAAAAGUGUUAAAUAUAGUUAUGGAAAUGGAAAGUCAAACACAACCUGCAUACUACAGUCCCAUACCUACAACAAGUUCUAGUGCUUUUACUGAGCUUGACAGUUUGUCACCGAUAAAUCAAGAUUACCAAACCAAUAGUAUAAUCCAGGAUACUUCGAGUCUUAACGACAAUGCUAUUAGUUCUGCUGCAGUGAAUGACAAUGAAACUCUUAUUUCGACUGAAAGCGGCUUGUUUAAAAUCACGUCUUAUGACGUAAUUUAUACCCCAGCAAAAACAUCGUCUACAGGCGAAAGAAACGUCAACGCUCAGGAUACAAAUUUACAAAGAAAUGAAUGAUGUAAAAUUAGAUUUUUUAAUUUAUGAAUAAAACUCUUUUUAUUAAAAUGAGUACGAUUAACUUUUUUUCUCCAGUUUCUCUCUAAUUGUUUGUUUAGUCAUAUGAGUGCGGUUGUACACACGGCACAGAUCAAGUUACUCAAAUCCAGUAUAAGCGGGACUCCGACGGGUUACCUAAGUAUGAUAAUACGCAAGGCGCGAGUUCCAUUUAUGCUGGUUUUGGGUAACUUGAUCUGUGGCCAUGUGUACUUUAUCAGAUAAAAAAAAGGAUUGUGUAUGUAGGUUGAACGUACCAAUCCCAAACCAAUUAAGGACUUUUUUUGACUUUAAAUUACUGUCAUGUGCAAACCUAUAACUUUUAUCUAUAUUAUAAUAAGUAGCGUGUAAUGAAAGGUAGGAAUGAUUCCACUUUAAUGGUGACAUUUUAUGAGUGAAAUAAUCUUAUUUUAUGAAAUUUCAACAAUUAAUAACCAAUGACGCGUUACUUUACGAUAUUUCAAACAAAAAAUCAUUAUUAUACCGUUUAUUUAGACUGGAUAAUUACUAGAACAUGUGUUGUAUGAUGUCUCAAUAGUUGAACACGAUGGUCAACUACCGAAAAAAUCAUUGAUUUGAUUUUUGUUUAACAUUUUUGCAGUUGACCAGAGUACAUGACAAAUUUUUUUUUUGCACAUGUAAAUUUACA